AUGGUGAAUUUGAGCGAAGAAUGCAAGCAACUCGCCUCUCCCGGUGCUGUUAGCUUUACCUUCUCUAUACUGAUCUUCCUCGGCAUCUUGCUGUCAUAUCUACCCCAGCACUACCGUAUCAUCUCACGGGGCACCUCCUUUGGCAUAUCUCCCUAUUUUAUACUGCUGGGGACAACGUCGGGGACGUUUGGGUUUGCAAACAUCCUUGUUCUCCCGAAAAGUGCUCGCGAUAUCGCCUGCUGCAGUGAUAUCAGUGGCUUUGCCUGUUUUGCUGGCCUUUUAGGCAUUUUGCAGGUUGGGGUCCAGUCACUAUGUUUUAUCAUCUUCCUUAUUCUUUUUGUUGUAUAUUUCCCCCGAACUCCCCCAACCCCCGUUUCGACAUCCGCAACUCCCGAAAAAUCACAUAAUUUCCGGACUGCUCUCACCGUGGGAGCAAUAUGCCUUGUCCAUGCUAUCGCUGUGAUCAUUCUAGGCUUUACGGUCGUCUUUAGCUAUCCAUCUAGCCGACAGAUGUGGGCGAAUAUCCUUGGUGUCUCGGCCACCAUCCUCUCUUCCAUCCAAUAUUUUCCACAGAUAUACACCACAUGGCGUCUACGCCGGGUGGGCAGUCUGAGUAUCCAGAUGAUGUGCAUCCAGACCCCCGGUGCCAUAGUCUGGGCCAUCAGCUUGGCCGAGAGACUGGGCAUGGAAGGGUGGAGCACCUGGGGUGUUUACGUUGUAACUUCGAUGCUGCAAGGUACCCUUCUGAUCAUGGGCGUUUAUUUCGAAUACAUAAAUCCCCAGAAGCCGGAGCUCGAGGCUGGAGUCAACAAGCCAACGGAGCCCAACGGUCGUUCCUACGGCACCAUGAACGGCACCGAUGCCCAGGAUGAUGCGAUCUCCGAAGAUACCCCUCUUCUACAAGGUUGA